CCAAACUGUAUUGAUACACCAGAAUCUCUAUGGAAUAUGCACGGGGCCUCGAAAUGGCAAUACAAGGCCGUGCGUAUGGCUGUGAGGACAAGCUGAGGCCACCACUGUAGAACAAUCAAAGACCGAGCUUUUUAUCUGACCCCAGGCACGGCGCGGCGAAGAAUAGAAGAUGUGGAGGCUGUAUUGUCUUGUCCUUUUCUCCCAGCCCAGCCACGCUCGCUCCUUCCUGUGAGUAGUGCAGUGGCCACCUUCUCUUCCUACCUGUCGCGUGCUGGCCCAUAACGCCCAGCUUACGUCAACCAGAUGAACCCGCAGUCUGCGCCGUUUGUGCCGACGGCGGAUCCGCCUGCGAUGUCUGUCGAUCAGCUCCGGUCUUUGGUGCAGCAGAUGGGCAAUCCCCGCAACUAUCCGAAUCUUCCGCUGCCUUGCGCCCCGCGACCAGACCCCCGCCCGGCCCCCCUCCCCGCCCUCCUCGCAUCCUCCAGCCCGCCACCCCGUCUGCCUCUGUCCCGAUCCCCACCGCCGAAACCUCCACGGCCAUCGCCGUCUCAUCAACCGGUGCCGGCCCCCGAACCAGCGACAAACCUCCCCCCGGCGCUUCCCGUCACCUUUACUGGCGAGCGCACCAGGGCCCUCGCGUUCAUCAACCUUCUGGAGCACUCGAUCCAGUACCACUACGACGCAUUCUUCGCAAACCCGUCUCUCGCCGUCUCAUGGGCGUCGGCGCACCUCUCUGGCCCGGCUGCCACCUGGUUUCAGAAGCUCAGGGCCACCUCACCUGAAGCCUUGUCCUCAUGGAAAGCUUUUCGCUCUGCGUUCGCCGACGCGUACAUACCUCCGAGCGGUAGACUCUUGCUGCUCGAGCAACUUCUUGAACUGCGUCAAACAACGACUGUGCAAGAGUAUAACCGUUCCUUUUCCCGGCUCAUGGGUCAACUUGACAUGAUGGAGGAUUCCGGCAUUGUCAAGGAUAUCUAUCUCAGAGGUUUGAAGCACGAUAUCUACGUCAAACUUGAGGCGGAGCUCGAAGAGCGAGGCAGACCAGUCUCUGUGGGCGAGCUCGCCAAACUUGCUUACGCGCUUGAUCGUGCCCAUGGCCACUUACCGUCUAUUGACAUGAGGAACCCUUCUUCAAGCUCUUCCCAGCCUGUCGCAGCACCUACCCCUUCCUUCCCUAACACACGCUCCUCUAACCCUUACCCCACGCCCACCCUUUCCCCUUCCUCAUUGAACACCUCUGCUUCCGAUCCCAAACCCAGAACGCACUCACAAGUUCCCCCCAAACCUAUAAUCCAACCCAUUUUGCAAGACCUACCUCCUCCGCCCGCUGACAUCGGUCAGCCAAGGCAACAGUACCGUCUCCAGAUCCGUGAUUACCGACGUAAACACAACUUGUGUGCUUACUGCGGAAUGGGAGACCAUUACUUGGAAGAGUGUCCGGAUAGGGCAGACAGAACAUCAGAGCAGGGCGGCAAGAAGGGUAAAGAUUGGAGGAGGGCGAAUGGGGGAAAGGGGGAUGGAGAAUUUCGGGGGAAUGAUAAGGGGUGGGCGGAGGAUAAUGAAGGCAAAGUAGAUGCGCCUUCUUCUGUCGAACAGGGUCAGGGCCGCAUCUAGGGCGUGAAUAAUAGGCAAAGCGCCUUGCAGAGAUUCUGAAGGAAGUGAAGCGCAUGGAAGAUGGUAUAAUGUUGUACAUUAGAAACGAAUAACGACAAGGACGCUUUGGUUAACGUAGAUCCAUCCGCAUGUACACUGCACUGGUCCCA